AUCGAGAUCUGCUAUAUACAGAGAACGAAAAAAAAUAAAGAGAGCAUAUUUUUGUUCUAUUCCCUCUCUAAUUUCUUAGAUCCCUCUUCUCUCAGUCAAAGGAGACCUCAAAAACCCUAGCAAUUUCUUGAAUCAUGGGGAAAUCAGUGACCCCCGAUGCGAUCUCUAAGCUUCUCUCAAACCCAUCGCCGGUCGUGCCGUCGGAGAUCCCGGAGACCAUCGUUCAGGUCGUCGAUCUCAAGCCCAUCGGCAACAGCACCACUCGAUUCACUUUCAUGGCUAACGACGGACAUAAGAAACUCAAGGCAAUGCUUCCAUCUCACUUUGCUUCAGAAAUCCAUUCUGGAAACCUUCAGAAUCUUGGGCUGAUACGAAUUCUCGAUUACACUUGCAAUUCUAUCCCCAACCAACCUGACAAGGCCUUGAUAGUCACAAAAUGUGAGGUAGUUUCUCCUGCACUUGAAGCUGAAAUCAAAAGUGAAGUGAAAAAGGAAGACACCGGGAUUGUGUUAAAACCCAAACAGGAAAUCGUAGCCAAAUCAGCAGCGCAGAUUGUUCAUGAACAACGUGGGAAUUCUGCCCCUGUUGCGCGAAUGGCUAUGACUAGAAGAGUCCAUCCUCUUGUUUCUUUGAACCCUUAUCAAGGUAUCUGGACCAUAAAAGUUCGUGUCACUAAUAAGGGCAAUCUGCGUUCAUAUAAAAAUGCCAGGGGAGAAGGUUCUGUGUUCAAUGUUGAACUAACUGAUGAAGAUGGUACCCAGAUACAAGCCACCAUGUUUAAUGAAGCUGCAAAGAAAUUUUAUCCUAUAUUUGAAUUGGGAAAGGUCUACUACAUUUCUAAAGGAACUCUUAGGCUUGCAAACAAACAGUUUAAAACUGUUCGAAAUGACUAUGAGAUGAACUUAAAUGAGAACUCUAUAGUUGAAGAGGCAGCUGGAGAAGGGUCUUUCAUUCCAGAAACAAAAUAUAACUUUGCGAAGAUUGAUCAACUUGGAUCCUAUGUUAAUGGGAGGGAGGUUGUCGAUGUAAUUGGCAUUGUGCAAAAUGUUUCUCCUACCAUGAGCAUUCGAAGGAAGAGCAACAAUGAAACCAUCCCAAAGCGUGACAUCACAAUAGCAGACGAAUCAAAUAAAACUGUGACAGUGUCCCUGUGGAAUGAUCUAGCUACGGAAGUAGGCCAGGAGUUACUGGAUAUGGUUGACAAAUCCCCAGUUGUAGCAAUAAAAUCUCUCAAAGUAGGAGAUUUUCAAGGUGUAUCACUGUCUACAUUGAGCAAGAGUACUGUAACUAUAAAUCCUGACUUACCCGAGACGAAGAAGCUUAGAUCUUGGUAUGAUUCUGAGGGUAAAGGUACUUCAAUGGCAUCUGUUGGUUCCGGUGUUAGCUCCACCUCAAAGAAUGGAUUAAGAUCCAUGUACUCUGAUAGAGUGUUCCUUUCUCAUAUUACCAGUGACCCAACCUUGGGUCAGGAUAAGCCUGUCUUUUUUAGUUUAAAUGUCUACAUUAGUUUAAUCAAGCAAGACCAUACAAUGUGGUAUCGAGCAUGCAAGACCUGCAACAAAAAGGUUACUGAAGCUAUUGGGUCUGGUUAUUGGUGCGAAGCAUGCCAAAAGAAUGAUGAUUCUUGCUCUUUGAGAUACAUCAUGGUAAUGAAGGUUUCUGAUCCGUCUGGUGAAGCUUGGGUUUCUUGUUUCAAUGAGCAGGCAGAGCAAAUCAUAGGAUGCAGUGCAGAUGAACUUGAUAGAAUAAAAACUGAGGAAGGGGAAGAUAGAUACCAACUCAAGCUAAAAGAGGCUAUGUGGACUCAUCAUUUGUUUCGAGUUAGUGUUGCUCAGACUGAAUAUAUGAGUGAGAAAAGGCAGAGGAUAACAGUGAGGUCUCAAUCCCCGGUUGAUUACUCUGCAGAAUCAAGAUAUCUGCUUGAAGAAAUAUCAAAGAUGGCUGUUGCUUAAAUAAAGAGUUUACUGCCAUUGUUAAGUUAAACUAGUUUUUGAUGUGUAAAAUGGUAAAUUCUUACCUAAUGUUGUUUUCUUCAGAAGUUUGGAUGAAACAUGGAACUAAUUAACUUGUAGGUUUUCUUGCUCGGUGUAGCAUACACCGGUGAAGUUUAUCCUCAGUGCGCAUAUCUUAUGAAA